CGCGCGUCUAAGCUGCUUCGAUCUUGACCACCUUUGGCCGUGCUAUAGGUGUCGCUUUCACGACGUAAUGAGCUCGAGUUGUGCGUAGACAGAGCCAACAUGAAUAUCCAGCUUGGUCAAUCGCCGCUCUGAUGCGAGCCAUUUGCUGCCAGAACGUACCCACAAACCACCAGCAUCGGUAGACUGGACAGGGACCACAGAAGCUCCCUUCUUACUCCGCUGCGUGCGGAUCCUUGACGCAAAAGAUGCCGGUCUUUGCGGAUCGCCUCUGGUCCAGCAAACGACCUGAGCGGAAUGCCGGGACCAACGACCUCUCGAGCGAACGCAAGAGCGCACCAUAUAGCCCUUCCAUACCCUCCCGACUGAGUCAAGAGAUCAAGAUGACACCCUCGCCGGACACGAGCAGCUCAUUGCUCCACCUAGCCAGCAACACGCCACUGCCCGAUGAUUCAUCCUCUUCGCUACGCGGCAACUUGACAUCGCAUACAUCACCUCCACUGUACGACUCGAGCUGGCAGGCCAAUGGCGAGCAGUCGAUGCAAUCAGCGGGACGAGACGCCAUCGAGGAGGACAGCUACUUGGGGCGUUAUGAGGGAGACGAGAGUGCGGAUGUGGAUGCCAGUGAGGUCUCGGCAUUGAGCGACGUAGCGAGGAGAUCGCCUCAGGUCGCAUCGCAGAGAUUCGUCUUCAGACCUAAAGAGCAGACAGAAGACACGAGCUCGCGUCCUUCAUCGUCGACCCCAUCCCCGCCUCCGGAUCAGCGAAACAGCGUGCCACAAACGCCCUUUACGCGAUGGAGUCAGCGUCAACAACCCUCUCAGAUGCACACACCACCCACCGCUGCUCAUCGCGGGGUUAGCGACGUCACCCCAUCAGCCAAACAAAGCAUCCUCCGUGGACCAACCACGCCUGCGACGGGUAGUAGCGUCCGUUUUGGGUCUCGCUUGUACGACGAUGGAGACGAAAGCAGGAUCAGCACGAGCACUCACUCUGCCUCGGGGGCAAGCAAUGGUUCGGGCACUGGUCGUCUGAGAAGGUCUUUGGCAGCUUCGCCCACUCCGAGCGACCAAAGCACGGCAUCUCCAUCCACCAUUGCGUCGUACUCUAUGACAAUGAGAGAGGAGAUGGAAAGGGAGGAGGUGGAUGACGUGUUGGGACAGUCUUUGUCGAGGAGCGAACCCGUUGUCGAGGACGAUCCUUACGAGGAUGCCGACGAGGCUGACGUGCACCAGCAAUCCAGCCGAAGACCUGUCGAAGAAGACACUUUUGAGCAGUCAAGGCUUCGAAUGUUGAAGGAUUCGUCGGUGGAGGACAGCAGCUUGGACACUGUGCAUCAGCCAGCCGUUGUGGCUCAUCCGAGGCUGGAAGCUCUGCAAAGAGGUCUGAACAAAGCCUCGCUUCCCUCUGUACCCUCGUUGAACACGCUCGCUGAGGCUCACGAGGUCUCCAGGACGAUUGGAAUGGCGAACGAGAGCGCCGAGACACAGCAAAACGCGCUCGACGCCGACUCAAGCCGCAGGUCUUCUUUUUCGAACUCGGAUUCUGGCUCUGCUGGGCAGCGUACUCAGCGAGCUUCCUCCAGCCCUACGAUCCGCCUGAGGCAAGGCAUUCCAGCAGAUCCACUGGCUGUCACGCAAGCGUCGCCUGUGCCGCCUCCCAGUCCACCUUCAGCAUACCCCUCCACCUUGGAGGAUAUGUCAGCCUUGAUCGAUGAGUCGAUGGGCGGGAUCGACGAAGGCGACGAGUCUUCUCUUCAUGGAGUGCCAAGGCCAUAUGCUCAUCGCGGCAGUAGCAGCUCGUCGCCCUCCGUUCUGCCGCAAAUAAGUCAGGCUCACCGUGAAUCGAACGUGUCUGCGGCUGCUCAACAUACAGCGCUAGCGCACCAGCAAGAGCCCCGCCCACGAGCAGUACACGAAGCGCGCGCGAAAGCUAGCUUGGAGGGCAACGCGUCAAUCAGCAGAUCUUUUGACUCUGGAGAAUUCAGCUUCAACCAGUCAAUGCUCAACAGGGAAAUGGCCAAAGCUACAGAAGCUACCUUCUCUCCCCAAACGCUCACUUCUCAAGCUGCACCACCUGCGGUGACUGGUCGCCGAGCUGUAUCGACGUCACCUACAGCUGUGUUGAAGCCUCCCGGAGUCGUGCAGCCGCCCAUCCGGCGCACUGUUUCGUCGUCUUCCGCCAGUACGCCAGCAAAGCCGGGCGACCUUUCGCAACAGUCGACUCGUGUUCGCGUCCAGCGGCAGACGCUUGGUGCAGAUGAUCCUAGCAACAGCGCAUCACGUCGCGAGGUCUCGCCACUUGCGACGCCCGGACAUGAUAGAGCUGCAGUCUACUCUCCCGCACCAUCGUCGACGAAUGUCAACCGCAGCCACUGGUCCGCUGCCAGCGACUCGCACGACCAGUCUUCACAGCCUACCGCAGGACACGACGUGGAUGUCAGCGUCUCUCCUCAGGACAUUAGCCGAAGAACCGCAAUGUCGUCAAUCUUUGCUACUCCGGCUGCAUCUGCUGCGGGCUCUGCGCCGGCCUCUGCCAAAUCUUUUCACUCGGCACAGGUCGGCUCUACACCACUUUCGACCUCUUCUCAAUCACCGGAGGUGAAUGGCAGUGCGCACAAAGAUGCGAGCGUCUCUAGAACAAGCAGCAGCGGCGAAAGCAGCCGUAGUGAUAGCAAGCAUGGCGCCCAUAAUAUUGUUGCAUCUGGACGACGCACACCGUCUGAUCGGCCUAGCAGUGCUGGGUAUUCUGAUAGUUCACCCGCUGCUGCCAGAGCUGCUAGGAGGCUGGAACCGAAACCCUCAGGAGAUUUGCGCUCCUCGUAUGCAAAGGCGGGCCCAAGCAAAUCCGAGCGCGCCUUGAGCCAGCAGGACUUUGGCGCAUGCGAGCCUGUGGACCGACAGCAAUCGACAACUCCGCCUUCACCUGCCGAAUCGCGCUUUGCAAAGCUGAGUGCUGUAGAGUCUCAUCGAGAGAGGUCAGAGGACGAAGCGUCUCCGUCUCCUGGAAACAAUGACGAAGUCAUGACCCAGUGGAUUGCCGGGCAGAAAGAGUUUGAUGUGGUGCACAGCAGGAGGAGCUCCCUGCUGCUCAAGCGAUGUCGCGCCGCGGAAGAGGAGCGCGACCAACUCAUGAGUGCGCUGAAAGACGGAGAAGCAACUAAGAAGCAGGCUCUGGUCGCGGCGCAGACGGCUCAACAGAGCCACGAACACUCACUGGCGACGGUCAGGCUGCUCGAGGCUGAGCGCGGCGCUCACAAGAAACAGCAAGCUCAGCUGGAUCAUCUCGUGAGCAAGCUGAAGGAUCAGUUGGCGGAACAUCAAGCUAGGCUACCCGACGUCGAGCGCCUGCAGGCUGAGCUCGCACGCGAACGGCAAGAAAGGGCCAUCGAGUACAGGGAUAUGGAGGUCCGGCUUGCGUUUGCACACGAAGAAGCAAGGCAGUCCAGGGAGUCUUCACCUGCCCAUAUUCAGGAGGAGCAACGCUUGGCGGGCGCCUUGAUGAGUAGAGGCGACUUCGAUCUUGCUUUGGAGGAAGCGCGCAAAGAGAUCCGAGAGGAGUGCGAGCGAGACGCGGAUGUGAAGCUGUAUGCCCUGGAACGUGAUCACGACGAGGCUGUUGGUCAUCUCGAGCAACGCUUGCAAGAGACUGAGGCCCGCAACAGUCAGGAAGAAAGGCUAGCAGACGAAUUGCAGGUCGAGCAGCUGCAAGAUGAAAUAGAGAGGCUGCGAAGCGCCCUAACCGAUGCUGAGCAAGCAACCAAAGAGAGAGAAGAUGAGGAUGCUGCAGCUCUCAGCCGGGUGGAACAUGACGCUCAUGCGCGAGAACAAAGGAUGCAAAGUCAGAUGGACAACCUUCAUCUUGCAUUGCGUAGUGCCAAGCAAGAGUCGGACAUUCAAAAGGAGGAGCGUGCGAAGCUCGAAGAAGCUCUGGCAGCCAGGCCUAGCAACAGCGAGGUGGAGGACUUGCGACUCGCCAAGCAAGAAGCCCAGGACCAAAUUGAAGCGCUUCGCAAAGAGAUCGGCUUACUCUGGGAGAAAUUGACGACCGGGGCUGGUGAACGCGACAAUCUCUUGCAGCAAAAGAAACACCUUGAACAGGAGCUCAGAAAAGCGGCUACCUCGAAUGAGCAGGCCGAAAGCAACGCGCAGUCGCACAUCGCAGAAUUGGAGCGGCAGGUGGUCAAGCAGGAACAUGAGCUGGCUGGCCUAAGGCAGCUUGCCGAGCGCUGCGAAGAAGCCGAAGCUGAGGUCAGGGAGCUAGAAGCUGCACGAAAUUCGCUCGUACACGAAGUCGAUGCCGCUUUGGAACGCGUGGAGCGGGAAAGGGCAGAAUCGCGCAAGCAGAUGGAAACGGCCAGUUCUGGCUUCAAAGAGCGCAUCGAGAAGCUCAGUGAACAGCUCGUGCAAGUCCAACAUGAGCGUAACGAACUCGAGCAGCGCCUGAGAAGCUCGCACCACGAUGCAGAGGGUCAUACUUCAGAGCAUAUCGAUCGAUUACAAGACGUCAUCAAGAGGCUGGAGCAGAACUAUGACACUGUGCUGGAAGAACGACGAUCACUCGAAACGCAGGCAGCGGAGGCUCAGGCCGAGUACGAACAGCUGCAGGUCGCGACUCAGACUGCUAGCGAAAGGUAUCAGAACCACCUCGACGAACUGGAAGCCGAUGGCAACGAAGCCAGGCAGGAAGUUGUGAGACUGGAGGAAGAGCGAGAGAAGCUGGAGCGCAAGAAUUCGGAGCUGCAAGCGAAUCACCAGAGCCUAUUGCAAAGCUUGACUGAGCUGGAAGACCACAAUUCCCAAUUAGAGAUGCGUUUGCUAGAGGAACAGAAAGCCCAUACUGGCUCGAUUUCGAGCGACAAAGACCUGCCUGCCCACGUCACGGAGAAAAUAGAGCGACUCCACGAAAAACUUCGUCAUCUUGAGCGCGAGGCCGGCGAUCGUGUCCUUGAGAUCAGUAAGCUCAACAAGGCUCGAGAGAAGCUGGAGAUCUCCAACAGCAAUUUUGCCAUUGCACUGUCUGCCAAGCAGCAGGAGCUCAGCCUUUUGAAGCGCACGUACAGCAUAAAAGGCACAACAGAGACGCCGGCCCAACGCGCGCCACGCGCUUCCAUGCCCAAUGUAGCUGCAGCUCCCCAAAGUGAAAGCGAGGAGUCAGAGCUGGAACACAAGCUCCCCCCGCUGGAGCGAGGCUUUGCUCGCGGCACGCGGAGACGCAUCACGACGGGGCCAAAUGAUUCGGAGCAACGUAGAGCAGCUAGAGCAAUCGAGGAUCAAUCUGCAGCGCAAAAUGACAGCACUCCCGUAGCUAAGAAGGCGUCGGCUUCUGCGAUGGGUCCGCCCACGAGACCAAUUGCUCGUCGACCCUCCACAGCUUCUAUCCGCACUCCAAGGAUGGACUCUUCGCGCGCGGAUGAUGUCAGCAGGAGUAGCGUGGCUUCAACGACGCCGCAAUCAGCCCCAAGAUGGGCUGCACGGCAACGAUGGUCCAGGGUGGAUGAAGCGACACCGCGUGCGCCUUCGAGCGGCUUAGCCACACCGACGUCUUCGGCGAGGACGCAGCGUGCCGCUCGGGGCUCUGACGUAGCCCCUCUUUCGCGCGAAAACCUUUCUCAAGCUUCUCGCCCGUCUCGCCCGUCCAGUCGCGCUUCCUCAAUCGCGUCCUCAACCAGCGAUGUGCGCCUGACCUCGGCGCCUGGGCCUCGCCCAGCUUCACGCUUCAGCGCGCUUAGUCAGAGCAGGGCCAGUUUUAGCGCUGAUGACUCACGAGCCUCUCAGCCUUCGGGGGCCCAGCAGGAACCAAGCGCCAGCGUCAACAGAAGCGAGAGUCAAGCAUCCUCGGUGGCCGAUGACAUAAACGGCAGGAACAGCUACAGGUCCAGCUUUGACGGUCCCAUGGAUCUUUCGGAGCUGACCGACUCUGUUUCGAUGUCUGAGAGAGAUAGCGCACAGCCAGUCACGAGGCCUACUGCCCGUCGACCCCGCGCUUCAAGAGUCUCUGUAUCUGCUCGGCGCCGCGACUCUUUGCGCGCUCUGGAAGAAGACAAGGAGAAUUCGAGAAGGCACGCAAGGCUCUCGAGCGCGCCCAGAGCGCCAACCGAGCCGCCUUCCAGCGUGGGCAGCAACAAGCUGAACAGUGUCCCUGGAAUGGGCAGCUUUUUGGAGAAGCGUCGCGCUGUGUUGAAACGACGUCAGUCUGAAAUGCACGCCUGAAGCAUUCCUUGUUUGGCGAACGACAUCUGUGAUCGUCCUACUCGGUACCUCUCAUCUCAUCAUGUACUUAUGUUGCCUAUAUACUUCUGUCAUGUCAUGCAAACCUUGUCGAGGGUACGAGUGCAGCGAUGCGUUCACUCCGACGCACGUCAGUCCUGGUGAUUGGACGUGUACCGAGAUAUGGCCAAGAGUGCAGACGAUCAACAUCAAGGACGUCGUAUGGGUGCUGGAAAUCGGCA